AUGGAAGUCAUGCCUAACACUGCAGAAGUUGCCGCCACUAACCAGCCAGAAUAUGAUAGAGCAAAAGAAGUGAAGGAGUUCGAUGAAACAAAAGCUGGAGUUAAAGGACUCAUGGAUUCUGGUGUAGUCAAGAUCCCCAGAAUGUUCAUCCAUCCACCGGAAAACCUUGGAAAGGCAUCACUGGAUACGAGUGGCAUUCACCUUCAAGUUCCUUUGAUAGAUCUCAAAGACUUACAUAGUGGCCGGAUGGAGAUUGUCAAUGAAAUUGGUAAAGCAGCAGAAACAUGGGGCUUCUUUCAAAUGGUCAAUCAUGGAAUCCCACUUGUCAUGAAAGAGAUGAUAGAAGGUGUGCGCCGAUUCCAUGAGCAACCUAAUGAGCUGAAAACGAAGUGGUACUCAAGUGACUCUAAGCAAAGAGUAAGGUAUUACUGUAACGGUGAUCUUCACAUAUCAAAAGCAGCAAAUUGGAGGGACUCUAUAGCUUGUAAGUUCGAUGACUGUGUGCUGGAAUCUGAUGCAUUACCUCUAGUUUGCUUCGGAGGGGGUUUCGGGCCACUUAAAGUCAGAUUCCGGAGCUGGGCUUUUGCAACAGUAGAAUCUCCUCAUCGACGGCUACGUUCGCACCGAACAGUUUUCCGUUCCGCCGCUGUUGACUGGCAUUGA